CUUCUGUCCUCCGCCCAUUUUUUUUCUCUCCACCUACCAAUCUUUUUUCCUUUUGAGCCUCAACCCAAAGUUCAGGCUUAGGGCAUUCUCCACCUCUACGUGUGUGUACUCCUCCAACAAGCUCGUCGCCGGCAUCGACCACGAUACUGGAUCACAGCUUCACCUCCCACCGCCGCACACGAUUUCCCUCCCCAGCGGCCUGUCGCACCACCAAAACCAGCCUUGUAGCGUCGUCGCAUUACUGUCAAGAAGGGUCCCGUCCACCUGUAUUGUCAGACUUUUACCGACAACGGGCUCGAGUGCAUCAUCGGGCAAACAAGCGCAACGCAGGUCCUUCUUCCUUGCCUUGCUACCCAAUUCUGAGCCAUUGGUCUUCAGGAGCUUCUCCAGCCAACGCGCCUUCUGUUGAAGAAGAUCAAGACCGGGACAAAGAGUCGCCAGAAGAAUCCUAUUCGCGCCCCCGUUGCCGAAUGGUUUUUUCUGUGCUCGCUGCUUCAGGGUAAUUUUCGAGCCGGAUUAUGGAAGGUUUGCCGCACUACUCGACGAAUGUCAUAAACACGUCGGCAGCUUCAUACAACCCUUCGCCUUCAGCCAUUUCUCCGCACCAGCUCCAGCAGCAACAACAGCAACAACAGCAACAACAAUCCACCGCGACUGCCCCCCCGCAGACACUGCCUCCUCUCCAGCCCAGCAACACGGUCAUGCAGCAACCUCCCUCCUACGGCAGCUACCCUCACACCCCGAGAACUGCAACCCCCAACACGCCUGCUUCCACUAGCAACAUGGCCAGCUAUCCUCCCCCUCCCCCCAACGGCGCUGGCCGCGGCGCUGGCUACCCCAUGAUGGGCAGCAACCCGUAUCCCCAGCAGUCCUACGCGACAUCUUCGGCCAUGAUGCCCCAGUCCACCACCGCCGCCUCGCAUCCCCAGCCCAUUGCCCCGGCCCCGUCCCCGGCUAACGGCCGUGUACCCCCGGUGCUCCGCCCGAUGCCGGCUGGUGGAGUCAUGCAGCCGGGCAUGAACUCUCCCUACGGCCAGAGUCCACUCAUUGCCGCUCAAGCGUCAAUGCUUCCCGAGGGGGACCAACCUACCCACGUGGUUGGAUCUCAGGGACGUCGCGGCAUUCUUCCAAGUGCGCCUGGAAAGCCCGCUGCUCCGGCUGCCGGCAGCGCGUCUGCUAAAAACCAGAUUCCCCAGAAGGAUGCCGAUGGCAAGUUCCCUUGCCCGCACUGCACAAAAACCUACCUCCAUGCCAAGCACCUCAAGAGGCAUCUUCUCCGCCACACCGGCGAUCGCCCCUAUAUGUGUGUCUUGUGCCGUGAUACCUUCUCGAGAAGUGAUAUUUUGAAGCGCCAUUUUAUCAAGUGCUCCGUCCGUCGCGGCAACCCCACUGGCGCCAGCCAUUUGUCGCACCCCCAGGCCCAUGUCAAGAAGAACGCGCAGGCUCAACAAAAGGCUAUGGGUGAGGGAGGCGAUGUGAAUCACAUGAACGGUAUGGGCAACAUGACCGCUGACGGCAUGGUCCACCCUUUUGGCCUCAUCCCCACCUCCGAUAGCAUGAACAACAUGGGCAACAACCAGGAUCAACUGUCGAGAUCCAGCAGCAUCAAUAGGAUUGACGACGCGAAUCGCGACAGGAGAAGCAUGACUGGUUCCGUUAUGGGCGGUACCACUCGUGGAGGCAGCUUCGAUCAGACUUACAACGGUCAGGAGGUUAGCAACAACAUGACUGCCAACAUCAACCCCCAACUUGCCAACUACAGCAUGCCCCAGCAGCAGAAUGGCAUGCAGAUGUUUGGUGGAUCGGGCGGUACCGAUUGGUCCCAGAUGUUCCAGAACGGUCCCGAACGCAAUCAAACCCGUGCUUAGGAAACGCUGGUCAAAAGCGAAGAAGCCGAGCAGUUGGAAGAUUUGACGACAAUCGACUCGAUCCGCCCCUCGCUCCCCCGGUCGGAGUGAACUGGCUAGCCGAUAGCCCCAUCAACAAAAUAAACAAAACCAACAAAAUCCUUUAGUAACAUGGCCAGAUACCUCCGGCACCGCCAUGAUAUCCGAUCAACUAGCAUUAUAUAGCAGUGUUGUCGGGUUCGAUAAUAUUCGCGAGCGUUGCUCGCAUCACAAACCAGUCCCCAUGAAUCCUCACGUUUUGCGUAUCGGAUGUCAUACGUUGGUGUUGUUACGGCGUGUGCUGAUCAGCCAUGUGCUGUUCACUGUCGCCCUACAAGCCAAUACUCGUCAGGUCUCGAGAUCGAUGGUGGGUUGGAGCCCUGAUGGGUAAGGUACCCGAGGCGUGGCUUGGAGUCUUUCCGAGUGUCUCGCUGAGUUGCGGAAGACUCACGAACCUGGCCUUACGGACCUAAGCGUGUUGUGAUUGGGAGCACCUGACUGGAGUUUGAGAGGCACCGCAAUCCACUAUACCUGUCUGGUAUAUGUACAAGCCUCUGGCAUGAAGAGAAGACCCAAAAAAAAUGUGAAGUGAAUACCAAGCAUCCCAGGACCGCCUUUUGUGUACAUCAUCAAUUCCAUGGACUCGAUUGUGUGGCCAAAUCAUUACCUGCUUUUUCUGGAUGAACUGGAUCGGCCAACCCGACGACUUCGCAUCAUGUUUGACAUUUCCGGUCCCUUGGUACCUGGCGCUGUUCCGGCAUUGACCCUCAUUUCGAUGUUCCGGAUUUUAGUUGCCCUGGUCCACACAAUACGCAACUGACAAUACCGCGGUGCUUUCUCAUCUUGACAUAGGACUAACACUGCGGUUCCCAAACAGAUGGGAUUCCAAUCGCUCUUACGAGGUUGUCACCAAACGCCUUUGAGACUCUACCCGCUGGAGACUGUACUGGCACGCUUGGGUGAGCAGCGAAACAGAGUCAGCAACCCUCUAAAGCAGCGAAUGUGUCCUCCACGGCACGAAUUCUUGGUUCGAUGGACCGCCGGUCGAUGCAGCUUUUAGAGGUUGCUGUCCAGACUUGUUUGGGCUGACUUGGGCAACGUGGAAACCAAUCAGACGACGGCAUCAUUUUUGAUUCAUCACCAAACAGUUUCCCAUUUUCCAAACAGGGCCUCAACGACCGACGCGAAAAGCUAGUCGAUCGAUACAUGACAUUCAAGAUUAUGGUGGCGGUUACGGCUAAUGGAGGAUACGGCCACGAUAGGUGUACCUUUUUACGAGAGGUUUCAGCGAUUGGUCAGCAACAUCACCCGAGACAUCUCGCGGAACAUCGGGUUCAUUUAGGUUCAUCACUGGGUACAAUGCAACUCUUCAGACAAGCGACAAGCUUGCGAGGAAGGCGAGUUGAGCCGUCAGAUAUCACCCAACUUUAGGUCUGCUUCGAUCAUGCGGUCGGUUACAAAGGAAGGGGAACAAAAAAAAAGAACAGAUGGGGGAUGGCAAGUAAGGUUGAUGCACCAAAAAUACGUUCCAACAUCCAACAGCAAGUAGUCUUGCAUCAAUGGCGUCAUGACUUUUUCGGGUUGUUUUUCGUUUUUACAAACUUUCUUUUUUUCACAGGAUUCGCACGCUUUUCUGUCGUCACAGACUGCCUCUCAUAGGCAUUGUCAGUGACAAGAGUGACUGCUAUGGGUCAGUUGGCUUGUGUUUUCUUUUCGUUUUGUUUUAUUUUUAUCUUAACCUGGGGUUUGUGGGCCUUUGCUGCUUCAACCAUGAGCACCGGGGUCGGGGGUUUUCAGGGUUAGGUCGAUCGAUUGUGUCGUGUUGCGUUGUGUUGCGUUUGGUGAAACGAACUGAUAGAUUUCUGUUACAUUUUUUUGUCGGCUUUGCAUUUAGAAGAGAAGAGAAGAGGCUCUCCCGACCACCCACAUUGGCAAAAUGGCGAGCAUAGACAGGCACAGGACAGGAGACAGAAAGAAGAAAGGGAAAGAAAAAAACGGAACAACAGGAGGCAGGCAAAAAGGCAAUGUAAAGCAGGGGGGAAGGGACGGGAUUUCUCCCUUCUCCCCAGGGAAGGAAAAGCACGGAGCAACAACAAGCGGCAGCAUUGGGAGGAGGGUACGGUUACGGUUCGCAUACAGGUACCUCCUCACGUCUCUAUCUACAUAGUUUUGGCGUUGUUCCAUUCUCUUUUUUUUUCUUUCUCCAGCAUUAUACUCAUCUUACAAUAGCCUCUGUCAAGUACACGAUGAACAGAUGGCAUUGCAUGAUGACGGUCUUCGGUCUUCAUGGUCACCCGGUGUCUUUUGGGCUGGUUCAAGGGAAGAGUUACACAAAAAAAAGGGUAUGGGGCUGGGAAAAGAGGGGGGGGGGAAAGGCAGACAGCGGGGCAUAGGAGAGGGCAGGAAAGAAAAGGAAAGGGAAAGGGAAAGGGAAAAUGUGGUGAAUACACGAAAGGGAAAAGGAAUAUCGGGGGAGAAAGGGUGAAUGGAUGGGGAUUUGAAUGUACCAUCUAGGUUGUUUGGUGGAUGGCAUGGUCGAGGGCGGUUGUGUCUAUAGAUAGGUAGUAGAGUUAGAUGGUACGUGAGAAUGGCAGUGGAGAGUGUUGAUGCAAACAUAUCUACCUACACUUGGAA